AUGACCCUUUUAGUUCUUGGUUGCCAUUCCAUUCUCACCUUUACCACUGUCGCACGACAACCUCCAAACCACCAAGCUGCCAUAGAAACCACAUCCAUCAUGAAGGAUAUCAUCAUUAAUAAGAAAUACCGGGUGGACCGGAAAAUCGGCCAGGGAGGCUUUGGCCUCGUGUACAUCGGGACCGAUAUCGAAUCGAAUGAGAUAGUCGCCAUGAAGCUCAUGCGUUGUAAAGACGGUCCUGACAUGUCAAGGCAUGAAGUGGACGUGCUCAGGGCUCUGUCCGGCGGCAUUGGAAUGCCGCGAUUCAUGUGGUUUGGAGUCGACUGCGACUACUAUGUGUUGAUAUGUGAUCUUCUUGGCCCAUCGCUAGGAGAUUUACUCAACUAUUGUGGCGGACGGUUUUCUCUCAAGACCACCCUCCUCAUCGCCGACCAAGCCAUUUCUCGACUCCAGUAUAUCCACCAGAAAGGCUAUAUCCAUCGCGAUAUAAAGCCAGAAAACUUUACGAUGGGGGCUGGCAAGCAAGGAAAUGUACUUCAUACUAUCGACUUCGGCAUGGCGAUGGAGGUCUUCGACAAAGAUGAGGAUAAGAGAUUUAAAGGUUGCCCCUUUGGUGGCACCGCUCGAUUCGCCAGUCUCAACAAUCACAAGGGGCUUGAACAGUGUCGGGGUGACGACUUAGAGUCCCUGGGAUAUAUGCUGCUGUUUUUUCAGGGUGGCUCGCUACCGUGGAUAGGUCUAAAGGCGGCGACCCAAGAGGAAAAGGACAAGAUGAUUAUGGAGAAGAAGAUGAACAUACCAGUUGAGACACUAUGCCAGGGACUCCCUCGCGAAUUCGAAACCUUUAUCAACUAUACUCGAUCGCUGGGGUUCAAGGACAAACCCGACUACGCAUACCUCCGUCACCUUUUUCGUCGCCUAUACAACUCGCAGGGAUUUCAGUACGACAAGGUGUUCGACUGGACUGAAAAGCUCUUCCACGAGACGUACGGUGAAGUGGUCCCUAAGUAGGAUGGUAGCAUGCAAAGUGAGGCGUGGGUCUUUGGUCCACCGUGGUGGAAAGCCUUGGCUUGACAGUAGAGGUAGUUGGGUGGACAUGAGUCACAUCACCUUGCAGUCGUCGAGGGAACAAGCUUGCUCGAAGUGUAUUUAGUUGUUUUUUAGAUUGC